AUGGACCCACACAGCGAGGCUCUUCGCAUCGGCGCCGAUGCCGCUAUGUAUGUGCUUCAAAACACCCGAUUCCCCUUUUCUACCCUGAAACCUGUACGAGCCGCUUACAUCGCAGCUGCUGACGUAUAUGUCCAGCAAUUGGUGGCAAGUAAUAGUGUCGACCUCCUCUAUGGCCCGAACUUGUCCAUAGAGAUCUCCGACCGAGUGAUGCAAGGAUUCAUCGCUGGAACCUUGUCUCCACUGCAGUCGAACAUGAUGUUCGCACUUGUGCACGUGGAUGCUGAAUUUUACCGUGACUGCUGGCGCGACGUGCGGCAUCGAGCAGGCUUGAUGCAUCAAGAUGAGCUGAAUUCCCCCUUGCUUGCACGUGAGGUGUACUUUAGGGAGUCCAGCAUCCACAAAACCCGCGAGGUGCUUCGUGCCUGGCGUCGGUAUGCCGACGCCCUCCAGGCGAACCGCGCUAUGAAUGCUCCCGAUGUUGAACAGGACCGUUUCAUCGCCAGCCUUGUCAGCCAGGCGACGGUUGGCUUCAAUCGAUGGGCAGACUUGGUCUUUGCUCAGGGAGGGUAUGCUUUCGAGGAAGACCCUGCUGAACCAGCUGGCCGAUUGAGGGUAUAUCCGCCGUCGAGGAUGGAAGGAGCUUCGACUUUGAUCGAUUUGGCCUUUUCUCGACCUCGGACCCCGACCGCUGCUCUGGCCGCUGCGCCGCCUGAGCAAGGUGAAGCCCUCCCCAUCGGCUCAAAUAGCUCGGACAGUGAUGUGACCAUUGCGGACCACGAACUGCCGCGCUAUCUGGCGGAGGCCCAGGCGAGGGCUGCAAUGCGGGCGGCUAAGCAGACUCGCCCACAACAGGAGCCUGCGAUUCCAAACACUCAAGAGGAUGCAGAGAUGGCUGAGAGCAAUACAGCGAGCGAACAAGCACCUGCUGUCCCUACUGUCCCCGCUAAUCCUACCUCGUCUUUCGCCAUGACCCAGGCGACACAGAUCCCUAUUCCAACUCAUGCGCCUGCUCCUGCUCCUGCGUCUGCUGCUCCCGCACCUGCGCCUGCUCAGGCUCCGCUUGUGCGUCGAUUUGUCUGCGACCUCUGCCGCGGUCAUAAGGGCGUUACCAACAUCGCCAUCUUGCGCCGCCACUGGCGCCUUGUUCACGAUAUGCCCGUGAAGGAGACCCAAGCAAAAGCGAAGGAGAUGUACCCAGGGGAGCGUGGAUGA